AUGAAUGUCACAGGAUUGGCCGGGCGCCCUGGCUUCAUGGCUCGAAAUGCCGUAGCGCGCAGCGCUGUCGGUCCUCGGUCAUCACUGCCUGUGCCUCGCGUAUCUCCAUUCUCGACUUCCACCUCUCUCUCCUGCGUGAACCACAAACCUGGCUCGGCCAAUCCCUCCGACUCCGAGACUAACAGGCCCGGCUCGCUAGCAGACAAAUACUCCGCCGGCCUGCGCCAGAACAAGGACUGGGCUGCCAACACCGCGCGCGACCACCCCGACCUCUUCCCGACCCUCGCGACCGGCCAGCAGCCCCAGAUCCUCUGGCUCGGCUGCUCCGACUCCCGAUGCCCGGAGACCAGCAUGCUGGGCCUGCAGCCCGGUGAUGUCUUUGUCCACCGCAAUAUCGCCAACAUCCUCCACCCCGGCGAUCUCAGUUCCGGCGCCGUCAUUGAAUACGCCGUGAAGCACCUGCGCGUCAAGCACGUCGUUGUCUGCGGCCACACUUCCUGCGGUGGUGUUGCGGCCGCCAUGGGCAACAAGGAGCUUGGAAUCCUGGACCCGUGGCUGCUGCCUCUGCGCCAAGUGCGCGAGCGCAACCUGCCCCUGCUCCAGUCGCUGUCCCCGGAGGAGGCGGCGCUGAAGUUGGUGGAGUUGAAUGUCCGCGAGGGCUUGAGCGUCGUUACACAGAAGAGUGCGGUGCUCAACGCUAUUCAGGAGCGGGGCCUCCAGGUCCACGGUCUCAUCUACGACGUUGGCUCCGGUGUCCUGCGGGAAUUGGAUAUUCAGGAGACCGAGGAGUCCCUCCGGGCCCGCUUGGUUGCCUUCAAGACGGACAAUUGA